AUGGGUACUGAAUUUGAGAGCAUGCAGGGACUGUGUGAAUCGGUUCUGUCAGAUUUAAAGGUAAGAAUGCUUGUUUCUUGUUUAGUAUUUUUAGAGCACAAACUGCGCUUGGGAGGUAAUGUCUACAAGAGCGUCCAAAUUGGCCACACAAUUGAACAAUACUGCCAUUUGUUUAAGCAACUUUGUGGACUGUCUCCAGAUCGUCAGUGAUUCUGCCAACUCUAUAAAAGGAGCGAGUAGAGACAUCGGAGCCGCUCUGACUAGGUUUUGUCUCAGGCAACGAACUCUACAAUCUGAUCUCAAGGCCUUCUCUAGCGUCAUUUCCAACAACUUCUGUCCGACUUUGGAAUCCAGGUCUUCUGAGUGGAAACAAAAUGUAUCAGAGCUUCAAAGAAAGAAUCACCGUGUAGUAAAGAAGAAGCGAAGCAAGAAAGACAUGGGGGAAGUUGUAGUAGAACAGAAGCAGUUCUGUACUGAGCUGCUUCUUAAUCAAAGACAGCUGUUCUUAGGGUUCAUGGACUUGUUAAUGCCUCUAAUAGUAAGUUAGUCUAUGAGUUGUAUUAGAAAUGAACUAGAUAUAUUAACUUUACAUAUAAAUCAUUUUAAGAAAGCGGAGAUCACACUGCUAGAAGAAGGUGUACAUAUCAAAGAGAUCCAGGAGUCGGUCGAGAUGGACGUGUUACAUUCAGAUUCUGCUUUGGUCGUAAAAGCGGCAGUCGAGGACGCAUUAGCAGAUGAACAGACUUACAGAAAACGGAUGACUUCUCCUUCUAGAAGUACAUCGUCAAGUAAAGUCAGUUCCCGACUAAACCAUUCUUCCAAAAUGAACACGUCACCUUCCACCUCCAGUUCGACAUUUAACUGGGCAGAUGUGGAAUCAAAAGUCUUUUCCCCAAAAAGUUUAGUGGACGGAAAGCCUGGAUACCAUAAGAACAAGGUGGAUAAGCCGCCGUUUCUGUCUCGUGGCAGCAAUGGUAAGCGUCAUAAACUAGUGCUUUUCGAACGACUGAUUUGUUCUUUUGAUAAUGAUCAUAAACAUUACAGACGGAUCUCUGGGGGUCUCUCCGGCCUUGUCAAUCUCUGCCAGCGAUGUGUCAGUUAUGGAAGAUUGUGUGUUUUAUCCGCCCAAGAAGAGUUGGGCUGCAGAAUCUCAAAGAGGUAGGCACUAGCUGUUAUACUGAAUCUUAUCUGAAGGUCCUGAAUAGUAAGUAGUAUCUCCAUAAGCAAAUAUAGAACGUCAACCAUAUCAUGUUUCAGACUUUAGUGAAACGAUGAGUCAGCUGAACGAUGACAUUUCGUCCAUGUGUAGCCGUAGCUCGACUUCGAAAGGGACGAUGGAUUCAGUACGACAACGUCGUGCUUCGGUCAGAAUCCCUCCCCCGCCUCCAGAAAGACGGAAUUCCUCUAUCAUGGCUGCCACUCCAGAUGCUCCGUCCAUCGUGGACUUCAGAAGUGGACUAGUUCAGCCCUCAAAGAAUAUCGUGACGAACGACGACUAUGUUGGUGCUAGAGACAUAGAUAACGCGUAUUGGACUAGAAACAAAAGUGAACAUGAUAUUUAUUAA